AUGUCUGCCGAACUCACCAAGGUCGACUCUGCCAUCGCCGGCUUGUCAAUAUCGCCCAAGGACGAAAAGGCCCCCGAUAAGGCAGAAAAGAAGUCUCACAAGCGCACUACAUCCCAAACAGAAGGUGUCUGGAACAUCAAGGAUCUUGAGGCACAAAAGAUUGAGUUGUCAUUGCCCAUCGAGACACAAAAGACUGGAUGGAAGCUCAACACGUCUCCAAACACCAUCGACGACAAGGACGUUCUCAAGAUGUACCUGGUGACCCCACCGGUCAAGAAGAUUGACCUGGUAUGGCCGUUGGGUCUGUCAGUCACUGCUCGUAACCUCAAGGGUGUCACAGUCAAGGAUGCGCUGGACGCAAUCUACAAGCAAUUCAAGAAGAAGGCACGCAUAUCUGCUCUCUUUUCCAGCGUCCUUCAAGCCGAUGAUGAACUGGAUAAGCCCUACCUCGCUGGCUUCGAGUGGGACAAGGAGGAGUGCUGGACACGCCUCAUCGUCCAUCAGACCAAGAACGGCCCACCCGCAGCACCCAGCAAGAAGUCCAAGAAGAAGAAGGAUGAGGCAUAG